AGCAAGAUGGCGGCGAAGUGUGAUCGAGCUUAGAUUGGAACACACUGAAGGAGAGGGUUAUAUCGCAUUACUGGCGUUGAAUCCCAUCUAGUGCAGGAACAAGCAGUAAAUCGUCUCUGGGUGAUUUUUUAUUUAUUUUUUUAUUCUCCACUUCUUCAUGAUGGAUUACAGAAUUCGUUUUUUACACGCUGAGUGAACGAGGAGUCGUUAACACCAUGGAGAAGAAACGCAGAAAGAAAUGAAAGCCAUACACCCUGGUUGAUGGCACAAAGACGCUGAUAUGUGGACUUCUGUUAAUCCUUGAAACAUACUUUAUUGUUCUUCUGGCUGGACAGUGGUGGGCAAGGACUGCAGGAAGCAAAUCUGUUUUUUUGUUUACUCACAGGCCGUGACUUAACCUUGUGAAUUUAAAACCAUACUUUUUGAACAUGAGGUUUGCAAACUUCUGGCUGCAGCUGGUAGUGAUUUUCUUGUGCCUGAAAAAGCACCAGAGUACUAAACCAGCAAAUUCAUCAUAUGAGCCCGGGACCUGUGGUGGCUGCUCACAUCUCACUCUUAAAGUAGAGUUCUCAUCUAAGGUAGUGGAACAUGAGUACAUUGUGGCAUUCAAUGGAUACUUCUCUGCUACUGCUCGCAGUAAGUUUAUUUCCACUGCACUUAAGAGCUCAGGCAUUGAAGACUGGAGAAUUCUACCUAGAAAUAACCCUGCCAGCAAUUACCCAAGUGACUUUGAACUCAUUGAAAUCAAGAGUGGACAGGAAGAUGGAGUGCUAACUCUGGAAAACCACCCUAAUAUUAAGCGUGUGACUCCCCAAAAACAAGUCUUCCGCUCUCUCAAGUUUGUGGACAGUGAUCCUCUUACCCCUUGCAACGAGACAAAGUGGAGCCAAAAAUGGCAGUCUUCCCGUCCGCUCAGGAGGACAAGCCUGUCUUUAGGCUCAGGAUUUUGGCAUGCAACAGGGAGACAUUCCAGCCGACGACUCCUCAGAGCAAUCCCACGUCAGGUGGCUCAAACUCUCCAAGCCGAUGUGUUAUGGCAGUUGGGGUACACAGGUAGCAAUGUCAAAGUUGCUGUUUUUGACACUGGAUUAAGCGAAAAGCAUCCACACUUCAAAAAUGUCAAAGAACGGACCAACUGGACCAACGAGAAGACCUUGGAUGAUGGCCUGGGGCAUGGAACCUUUGUGGCAGGUGUCAUUGCCAGCAUGAGAGAGUGCCAAGGAUUUGCUCCAGACUCCGAGCUGCACAUCUACAGGGUUUUCACAAAUAAUCAGGUUUCCUACACAUCCUGGUUUUUGGAUGCUUUUAAUUAUGCCAUCCUAAAGAAGAUUGAUGUGUUAAACCUGAGCAUUGGGGGGCCGGACUUUAUGGACCAUCCUUUUGUUGAUAAGGUGUGGGAGCUGACGGCUAACAAUGUGAUUAUGGUUUCUGCCAUAGGGAACGAUGGACCACUUUAUGGGACCCUCAAUAAUCCUGCUGACCAGAUGGAUGUCAUCGGGGUUGGUGGGAUUGACUUUGAGGAUAACAUAGCUCGAUUCUCCUCACGAGGGAUGACAACUUGGGAGCUGCCUGGUGGAUAUGGGAGAAUGAAACCUGACAUUGUCACCUAUGGUUCUGGAGUAAGAGGAUCUGGCAUGAAAGGGGGAUGUCGCUCCUUGUCUGGCACCAGCGUGGCUUCUCCUGUAGUAGCUGGAGCUGUGACUUUGCUUGUUAGCACGGUUCAGAAGAGAGAAAUGGUGAAUCCAGCCAGUAUGAAGCAAGCUCUCAUUGCCUCUGCUCGCAGACUUCCUGGAGUUAACAUGUUUGAGCAAGGGCAUGGCAAGUUGGACCUUUUGCGAGCCUACCAGAUUCUCAAUAGCUAUAAACCACAAGCCAGUUUGAGCCCUAGUUACGUGGACCUGACAGAAUGCCCAUAUAUGUGGCCCUACUGCUCUCAACCGAUAUACUAUGGAGGAAUGCCCACUAUUGUAAACAUCACCAUUCUUAAUGGCAUGGGAGUGACUGGGAGAAUUGUAGACAAGCCUGACUGGCAGCCCUACCUGCCACACAACGGUGAUAAUAUCGAAGUGGCUUUCUCGUACUCUUCUGUGCUGUGGCCCUGGUCCGGUUAUCUUGCAAUUUCAAUCUCUGUAGCAAAAAAGGCAGCCUCGUGGGAAGGCAUUGCUCAAGGCCAUGUAAUGAUUACAGUUGCUUCUCCGGAUGAAAGUGAGUUGAAGAAUGGAGCAGAACAAUUUUCCACUGUAAAGCUGCCAAUUAAAGUAAAGAUCAUUCCUACACCACCACGCAGCAAAAGGGUCCUGUGGGAUCAGUACCACAAUUUAAGGUACCCACCAGGCUACUUCCCACGAGACAAUCUUAGGAUGAAGAAUGACCCACUGGACUGGAAUGGGGACCAUGUUCACACCAACUUUAGAGAUAUGUACCAGCACUUGAGAAGUAUGGGCUAUUUUGUGGAAGUGUUGGGAUCUCCAUUCACUUGUUUUGAUGCCAGUCAAUAUGGAACUCUGCUGAUGGUUGACAGCGAAGAAGAGUUUUUCCCAGAGGAGAUAUCCAAACUGCGCAGAGAUGUUGGUAAUGGGCUCUCGUUAAUUGUGUUCAGUGACUGGUACAAUACAUCUGUCAUGAGGAAGGUCAAAUUCUAUGACGAGAAUACCAGACAAUGGUGGAUGCCAGACACUGGAGGUGCUAACAUACCCGCUCUGAAUGAUCUGUUAUCAGUCUGGAGUAUGGCCUUUAGUGAUGGCAUAUAUGAAGGAGAUUUUACAAUGGCUAAUCAUGACAUGUAUUAUGCAUCUGGCUGCAGUAUUGCCAAGUUUCCAGAAGAUGGUGCAGUUAUAUCACACACUCUCAAAGACCAAGGAAUUGAAGUUUUGAAGCAGGAAACUAUUAUGGUUGAAAAUGUGCCUGUUCUUGGACUUUAUCAAACCCCAUCUGAAGGAGGAGGUAGAAUUGUGCUUUAUGGAGAUUCGAACUGCUUGGAUGACAGCCAUCGACAGAAAGAUUGUUUCUGGAUGUUGGAUUCCUUGCUCCAGUAUACAGCCUAUGGGGUAAUGCCACCAAGCCUCAGUCACUCCGAGAACCGUCAGACACCACCAUCUGGGAUAGGAGUACUUCAACCUGAGAGAAUGGAAGGAAACCAUCUCCAUCGGUAUUCAAAGGUUUUGGAGGCUCAUUUGGGAGAUCCGAAACCAAGACCUCUACCAGCCUGUCCACACCUGUCCUGGGCUAAGCCACUGCCCCUGAAUGAAACUGCACCAAGUAAUCUGUGGAAGCACCAAAAACUGCUGUCUAUAGACCUGGAUAAAGUGGCUUUACCCAACUUCCGUCAGAACAGACCACAAGUGAGGCCACUGUCUCCGGGCGAGAGUGGAGCAUGGGACAUACCUGGAGGAAUUAUGCCUGGACGUUAUAACCAGGAAGUUGGUCAGACUAUUCCUGUCUUUGCGUUCCUCGGUGCUAUGGUAGUUUUGGCUUUUUUUGUGGUGCAAAUCAACAAGGCCAAGAGCAAGCCAAAGAGACGAAAGCCACGUGUGAAGCGACCUACGCUUAUCCAAUCGUUUCACCAAACAAAGACUCCUUCUGUAUGAGCAGAGCUUGGGUCUAGACUUGUGUGCAGGGAGAGUUGUGAUGUGAUCAGGGGCCACAUGGCAGCUCUUAACUUCACCCCAAAUACAGACUUUUUCGAAUGAACUUUCCUACAAGGGAAGAAAACAAAUCUCUUACUGACCAAACAUAAUUGGUAGAAAUUGCUCCUUUUUAUAUUUAUUGUGUCAAGAAAAGCCCUCGAAAGGACUACUCUCUACCAAAAAGCAUCGCUGGGUGAAAUGCAAUAUUUUAGAAGGACCUGUCAUUGGGGCACACCAAAUUCGCAGAUGAGAACUUUUAGAAUUACGUCCCCCCCCCCCCCCCCAAACCAGUGACUUAUUUUUAUAAUUAUCUCUGGAAGUUUUGUAAUUUUUGGCCGUUAUCUUCGACAUUAUGGUUGGAGAGCAUUUUCAAUAAAUAAGCAUCAUAUAAUGAAGCACAA